AUGGAACUCAUCUGCGAAAACGAGAUCAGCUACAUAACCAUUAACGAUGUCAAGUACCAGGUUUGGAAUGCCAACCCAGAUAGCCAUACUUUGAAAAUCACCAGACAAGAUUACUCGAUAGACUUAUGCCAGCCAGAACAAGUCAGCACCAGCCUUGACACUCAGCUCUACGUUUACGAGUCACACUAUAAGAAUCUUACCCUUUCCUAUGGUUGCACUCCUUCAGACUUUUUGCCUCUCACNUAUAUUCCUUGUAACGGAACUACUUCUGGGGAAACCGUUUAUUCUCAGUUUGGAUCAUUUUCUCCCGUGUCUUGCAAAACAAGUGUGGUUGUUCCGGUUCCUCUUUCAUUUCAGGAGAUUAAUAAUUUCUUCCAAGUAUACCGGNCAAUCAAAGAAGGGUUUGUGGUGAGAUGGAUAAUAGGUGUUGAAGAAUGUGACAAGUGCGAAAACUCAGGUGGAGAAUGCGGUUUUGAAGGUUCUUCACAGCAAACUUGUUACUGCAGAGAUGGACCUUGUCCUAAUUUCUCACAAGAUAGCGAAGCAUCUUCAGGUAAACGCAAGAACGUAGAUGUAGCAAUAGGCGCUACUGUAGGAGGAGUUGCAGCCCUUGUUGUCAUUCUUGGAUGUGUGUGCUUUAUUGCAAGGAGUGUGGAGAUAUUCAUAGUUCCAACUUCAAGUGGAGACACUUUUGCAUCAACUACUAUCACGUCUCAAAUUCUAUCUUCUUACCAAUCUUCCAAGCCUGAUCCAGUAGCCAGGACUUUCUUUGGUAUCCAGGUCUUUACCUGUGAGGAACUGGAGGAAGCUACCAAAAACUUUGAUGCUUCUAGAGAACUUGGUAAGGGAGGUUUUGGCACUGUUUACAAAGGUGAACUCAAAGAUGGACGUACGGUUGCAGUGAAACGCCAUGAUGAAAGCAACUCUAAGCGUAUUAUGCAGUUCAUGAAUGAGGUUCAGAUUCUAGGCCGCUUAAGGCACAAGAACCUUGUGACACUCUUUGGAUGCACCUCUAAACAUAGCAGAGAACUUCUCCUUGUCUACGAAUUCAUACCUAAUGGAACAGUGGCUUAUCAUCUUCAAGGAAGAGGCUCAAAAUCAACUUUACUCCCUUGGCCUAUAAGAUUGAACAUUGCUGUUGAAACGGCUGAGGCUCUACUCUACCUACAUGCAAACGAUGUCAUACACCGCGAUGUUAAAACCAGCAACAUUCUCUUGGAUGAUCAAUUUUGCGUCAAGGUUGCUGAUUUUGGUCUCUUAAGGGCUUUCCCCACUGAUGUCACUCAUGUGUCAACAGCUCCACAAGGAACACCAGGUUAUGUUGACCCUGAGUAUCACAAGUGCUACCAUCUCACUGAUAAAAGUGAUGUUUACAGCUUUGGAGUGGUUUUGGUUGAGCUUAUAUCAUCAUUGCGAGCUGUGGACUUCAAUAGGAAUGGCAGUGAUGUGAACUUGUCAUACAUGGCUUUAAGAAAAAUUCAAAACCAGGAACUGCAUGAAUUGGUUGAUCCUUAUCUUGGGUUUGAGAAGAAUCCUACUAUGAGGAUAAUUAUAACAGCAGUGGCAGCAUUGGCCUUUAGGUGUUUGCAACAGGAAAGAGUUUUGAGACCAUGCAUGGAUGAGGUGGUGGAGAUCUUACGAGGAAUCAAGAGUGAUGAGCUUGGUGCGAGGGAAGAGACAGAAAUAUUGACUCAUGAAGUUAUACUUUCGAAGACGGCUUAUUUUCCUGAUUCAAUAGAUUCACUUGUUGACGAUUGUUAGCGGCUCCUCUGUAUCUAAUUCCUUAUAGUUUUAAAUUUUUAAUUUUUCUUUUGGUGAAAAUCUAAUUAGAUAGUGAAACUUGUGUACUUGUAUCAAAAUUUCAGUGAGCUAGUUUAGAAGUCAUAACCUUCCCAUGUAUUUUCUCUAAAAGCUUUUGGUUUGAACUUUUA